AUGAGCCACCAGACGCAACACCUUUCAACCGCUGCUGUGAACGCCCAGUUAGCGUCACUUAAGGGACAAAACUUUAUGUCCACUGCUCAGCUUUCAACGGAGCAGCUCACGGGACUUUUGGCUAAAGCGCAAGAGUUUAAAGCCACAUACUCGGAUCCGUUGACUAAGGCUACAGCUCCAAGACCACUCACGGGUGAAGUGUGCUCAAUGAUAUUUCAGAAACGCAGUACGCGAACACGUAUUUCUAGUGAAGUGGGAAUGCAUUUAUUGGGUGGCAAAGGACUCUUUCUAUCGUCAGAUGAUAUUCAAUUGGGUGUCAACGAAACGUUACAAGACACGGCACUUGUGCUCUCACGCUUUAAUAGUCUCAUCUUAGCGCGUGUAUACGGCCAUGAUGACAUUGUAGAGCUUGGUGAAUUGGCUAGUGUGCCAGUAAUUAAUGCACUUUCAGACAAGUAUCACCCAUUGCAAAUGUUGGCUGAUUAUAUGACAGUCACUGAGCAUUUUGGCUCCAUUAAAGGCCUUACAUUCGCUUGGGUCGGUGAUGGAAAUAAUGUGCUUCAUGAUUAUAUGCUCGCGGCCCCGAAAUUGGGCGCAAAUAUUCAAAUUGCCACUCCUUUGGGGUAUGAACCCGACGAAGAUGUUGUAGCCGAGACAAAACGUCUUGCUGCCAUGGCUGGCACGAAAAUUGUCAUGACAUCGGAUCCGAUUCAAGCUGUGAAAGGUGCCAAUGUCAUAGCGACGGACACGUGGAUCAGUAUGGGUCAAGAAGAGGAAACGCAAAAGCGUCUUAAAGCUUUCGCUGGGUACCAAGUGACCACUAAAAUGCUCGAACACGCUGCGGAGAAUCACAUUUUCCUUCACUGUUUGCCACGUCACCAAGACGAAGUUGACGAUGAGGUUUUCUAUGGAAAACGUUCGCUGGUCUUUGAUGAGGCAGAAAAUCGACUGUGGACCGUCAUGGCGGUAUACGCUUCAUUGCUAGGCAAGUUUUAG